UACCUUAACCAAAAGAAAAUAAUCAAUAUGCAUCAAAUACAUGAUAUAAAUGGUAAAAGUUAGUAUAUCACAUGGCAAACCAAUAAAAAUGCUCUAAAAUAUAAAAGUUGAUGCAACAUUACCGUUUUCAACUAAACCAAAGAUGCUAUAUUGCUAUUUCAUGAGACUUUUGUGAGCUGUAAUUUCUGUUUUUUUUUUUCAAAAAAAUAUAUUUUAUAUAAUUUGAAAGCCGUAAUUUCUGUUUUUUGAAAAAUAGCUAAAUGUCAUUUUAGUCCUUGUGUUUUGAGUCAUUUUUUCAGUUUAGUCUAAAGGUUUGAAACGUUGUCUUUUUAGUUCAAAUAGUUUCAAACAUUGCCAUUUUAGUCCAGUGAGUUAACUUCAUUCAUUUUUUCUGUUAACGAGAAAAACAAUUCAGUCAUUUUAUAUGUAAUUCUGUUAACCAGAAAGACAAUUCGACGUGCCAUUCUCGUUAACAGAAAAAAUAGACUAAAAUAGCAACAUUUAAAACUACUUAAACUAAAAUGAUAAUGUUUCAAAUCUUUAGACUAAACCACCAGAAUAACCAAACCACAGGAAAUAAAAUGACAUUUAACUUUUUCAAAAGUAAUUUUUUUAUAUAAUUUGAAAGUUUCGUACACAAACAAGCCACCGCCAUUACCAUUACCAUUUGCUUUUGCAGUUUUUUGUUGCUACGUGUUGGUACGUGUGUCAGACUGAUAACAAACUCCGGCGAGCAUGGCCGGCGUGGUGAUUAAUCCGGCGCAGGCGCCGAACGGCAGUACGACGUCGUCGUGCGGCAAAACUUUUCACAUUUCGACAGCUGUUGAUCGGCUGUUUGCUCACGUUCGCGGUGGUUUGAAGAAUGAUGUUAAAGAGAUAUGUAAUCUCUGUAUUCAUCUCUCCAGAGGUAUUGACUCUGCGGUUAGCAACAAUGAAAUUCCAGACAGAGCUUUAGAGUUACCUUACUUAUUGAAGCAGGUAUGUCAAUGGACAAGUGAUAGACACUUACUAACAGCUAUCAUGGUGCUGAUGAUUUCUAUGAAGGGUGCAUGUAGAAACGGGUGGUUCGGUGAGAAGGACAACGAAGAACUUCAUAAAAUUUGGACUGAGUUAGCAACAAGUUUCUGCAGUGUUAGAGAUAUGAACUUUGCGGAGAACACAGCUAAUCACAGCAUCUCAACAGUAUUGUCAAGGUUCUAUCCAAGAAUGAAGAUGGGUAAAAUACUUGCAUUUAUUGAGGCAACGCCGGGGUACGGUGCGUUUGUCAAAGAUUUCCAUAUUACAAAAAAUGCGAAAUCUCCUAAUGAAGAAGUAUGUUUGUUCGUUGCUCAAAUUGAUAAUAUGGAGACGUCAUCUUGCAUCACAAGUCCUCAGUUAGUCAACUUUUUGCUAAAUGGGAAAGCAGUGGAUAGGAGAACUUGUAUAUCCAAGGAUCCUGGACCGCAAAUUCCAACACCCAUAACAGAUUUGGUUAAGAAUGGAACAAAUCUUCUUCAAGCGGUGGGCCAGUUCAAUGGGAAAUAUAUCAUAGUUGUUGCCUUCAUGAGUGUGAUCACAAACCCAAGCUGCCCUGCUCUUCCAGAUUACAUGCCACCUGUCGCUGCUGCAUCUGAUUUAGAUAACGAUAUAGUUGAAGGGCCAUCUAGAAUAUCACUAAAUUGCCCCAUAAGCUUCAAACGCAUCACAACACCUGUCAAAGGUCAUUUAUGCAAACAUCUUCAGUGCUUUGAUUUCGAAAACUAUGUGGACAUUAACUCAAGAAGACCAUCGUGGCGUUGUCCCCAUUGUAGUCAAUCCGUAUGCUUCACUGACAUCCGUAUUGACCAGGUCAUGGCUAAGGUUUUGAAAGACGUAGGUGGUACUAUUUCUCAUGUGAAUUUCUCUGCUGAUGGCUCGUGGGAGACUUUUAACGAGUGUGAUGAUCAUGCGGAUAAACAACAAGAUAAAUCACUACACCAACAAUCUAAUCCCUCUACAAAUACGGGUGGAGAUAUUAUGGACCUUACAAAAGGGGAUACUGGUAAUGAUAUUGAUGCCAGUAAUCCCCAUCAAGAAAACGAAAAAAAACCUUCUCUUGCUCAGUUGCAAAACCAAAACGAAUGUGGGACAUCAGAUACCAGAUCAAAUGUUGCUGUUUCUCAGGGUCAAAGUCAAACUUUAAUGUCUGGUUUCAACAAUAUGCAGUUACCAUUACCAACACAUGCCAUCGGGACAUCCAGUACUGUCACGAGUCCUAAUUUGCAAGGUCAAAGUCAAACUGAAAAUUCUGCUUACAGUAUGCAGUAUCAACAGCAUAACAUGAACAGUAUGAGUAAUGGUUAUGGUCAGAGGUACAUGACACCUAGCAGGCAAGUGACGAGAAUUCCAAUUGCUAUCCAAGGACUUCCAGCUCAGACUCCUGCAGGAAUGGUUAAUACCGAUAGACAGCAACAAUAUUCUCGAUUUUAUAUGGAUCAGUAUCAAGGAAUGCGUACGAUCGCAGCUUCAAAUCCUUCAGUGUCCGAGAACAUUGGCUCACAGAAUUGGGUUCGUCAUGGUCUCUCAAAUGUUUCAAGCCAUCCAGCUCAACAAUUUGGUGCUCACUCAGGUCCGUUUUAUCAGUCAGACGGCCAUCACUUCAACUCUCACCAACAGCAGUCAUACAACCUACCAAAUUUGGUGCAGCCACCGUUUGUGGGUCCCACAAUCGGUCAAGUAAGCAACCAGCAAGCCCACCAAUAUGUAGAUCCGACAACUGGUUCCAUAAGCAACCAACAAGCCCACCACUAUGUAGGUCCGACGGCUGGGUCUGUAAGCAACCAACAAGCCCACCAAUAUGUAGAUCCGACCACUGGUUCCAUAAGCAACCAACAAGCCCACCACUAUGUAGGUCCGACGACUGGGUCCGUAAGCAACCAACAAACCCGCCACUAUGUACCUCCGAUGACCGGUUCUAUAAGCAACCAACUAGCUCAUCAAUAUGUCAAGGCCGCUGCUUCACAAGCUUCCCAAAUCACUGGCGGUCCGACUCCAGCUCCAGUUCAGACCUCAUUAUCAACUAUGCCUGUAAUAUCAUCAGAAGAACAAAGAGGUCUUGGUCAAGCUUUUAGGACGCAAGAGGGUUCAGCUUUAGCCAAUGCGCUAGCAGACCCAAACUGGCGACCAAGUGUCCGCAUGCGUGGAAGUUUGUCAGGUCGGGCUUAUUCAGAGGCUCUUAGUCAGGCCAUGGUUCAUCCAACACAACCGGCCCAAGCGGCUAGCCCGCUAGUUUUGAACACUCCUAGACCUUUUAUACCGCCACAUCUUCAAGUCCUAAUUGCAAAUAACAUGAAUGCGAAUAGUUUUCAAGAAGGUGCAGGCGGUUCGGUAGUGGAUGGGAGUGGUGGUGGUGGAGUUUUGUUUCCGUAAAUUAAGUCAUUGGGAUGGGAAUGGACAUUAUAUUAUAUAGAUAACAUAGCCAAUUUUGUAUUUCUUUUUGGCUGUGCAACUGCAGAUUGUAGUUCAUUUUAUGUUUUGACAUUCUCAAACUGUUCCCAAGUCUUUUGGAGCAGUUGCUUUUGGGUCACACGUGGUUACGUCAUCAGCGAAUAUAUGUCUAUAUUAUUACUAAUUCUUCUUUUCUUGUA